AUGGCUUCCAUGCAGCGAUUCAUCGCUAUGUGCCUCAUGGGCACUGUUAGCAGUCUUCGUCCGGAGAGUCUCUCUGCAGGGGAUUUACACACUGCUGUCUCCAAGGGGCAAGUUGGAGCGGUUGCAGUCUUGGUGGCCGAUGGUCGAGACGUGAAUGGGCUUCAGGAUGGCAUCACACCUUUGGGGAUUGCAUGCGGGAAAGGUAACCAACUUCUCGUGGAAGCACUCCUUGAGAACAGGGCGGAUCCAAACAUGAAGACCGGCCCCCAUCAGAAGAAGGAACUGCCCCUCGGAAUUGCCGCCUAUGCCCAGAACUAUGACUUGGGUGUGGUGAAAGCCUUGCUCAAAGCCAAGGCCGACGCAGGUGCCAGUGACGACCACAAAUACAGUGCUUUACUUUAUGCUCGAAUGCGCGGGCGGACGGCCGUUGCAGAG